AUGGACGGCACCGCGGCCGUGCAUUUCCCCCAGGCGCAAGCCCAAGCACCACAAGUGCAAGAGGCCACUUGCAGCGACGCGACGUCUCCAGGCUCAGCGGCACCACAGUCGUCAUCGCUGCAGAAUGCCGCCUCUCUCUUCAUCGCACCACGAUCGACCUUUGUGGACUUUGCAUGGGUGCCGGGGGGCCCCGGCGCUUCGUCCCCGGCGGGGGGCCGGUCAUGGUCAACCUGGAGCGCAAGGUCGAGCUCCAGAUCCACCAGCAGCAGCACCAGCUUGGGCUGCGGCCAGCGCUACUACGGCAGUGACAGCAGCCGCGGCUGCGGCAGUUUUAGCGGCGCGGGACACGGGGGGCGGCUGCGACGCUCGGGGGGUGCCAGUGCAAGUGCCAGUGCAAGUGCCAGUGCAAGUGCCAGUGCCAGUGCCAGUGCCAGUGCCAGCGUCAGCGGUGUCCUGGGUGCUGCCCCUGCCGAUGUCCGUGCCACCGCCCCCCCAGUGGGCGCCGCUGCCAGCGCGGAUGUCGGCGACACAUGCAUGAUGAUGGACAUGGACGGUCCAGGCCUGAGCCCUACGAGCCCCAGGCCUGCAGCGGCAUCUGCAUGCGCACCCCCACCGGCACCGGCACCUGCGAGACCUGCGGGAGCACCAACGCCGUUGACGGCUGUCGUCGCUGCUGGUGCCGUUGGCGCUUGCCCUGGCAUGGGCACCAGUGCUGCUGCUGCUGCUGCCGCCGCCGCCGCCACGCGGCUGGGGCAGAUGGAGAUGACGCCGCCGGCAGCUGGUCAACGCUGUGCAGCUGCCAACAGUGCCCUUGCUGGUGCUGGUGCUGCUUCCUCCUCCUCCACGUCUUCUUCCGUGCCGCCUUCGUCUUCAUCGUGUAUUGGUCCAGCAAUCGUGGCCGCUCCGACGCCGCCAUUCCCAUCGCCCGUUCCCACUUUGCUGCCUCCUUCGUCUGUGCCCUCGUCUUCCUUUCCGAGGCCGACUCCAGCAUCGUCGUCUGGCAUUCAUAUCAAUACUGCCGUCCCGUCGUCUGUCCGGCUGGGCAUCAGCUCCGGCCCCAGUUCCAGCUCCAGCUCCAGCUCCAACUCGAGCCCGACCGGCCUCGCUUCCAUCCAUGUCUCUUCGGUCAUCUCGUCGUCCACGAGCAUCUCCCCGCGCUCGACCAAGCCUGCAGCUCCCGUCGCCUUCAAUGCGAAGAUGGCCCCUCGCUCUGCUAAACGCUCCGCCGAUGGUAGCGGAGCCAGCGACGACGACGCCAACGCCUCGAGCACCGGUAAAAUAAAGCUGGCUCGCUCGGACCGGGGACCCGAGGAUUUCUCCUCUGUUGUCAAGAACCGCCUUCAAUCCUAUACUCGCACUGGCCAGGCUUGCGACAGAUGCAAGGUGCGCAAGAUCCGCUGCGACGCCCUGCCCGAGGGCUGCUCGCACUGUAUCAACCUGAACCUGGACUGUUAUGUCACGGAUCGUGUCACGGGCCGCACCGAGCGCAGAGGCUACAUGCAGCAGCUGGAGCGGGAAAAGAACCGCAUGAUGUCGCACAUUCGUGACUUGGAACGGCUCUGCGCGGAAAGGAAUGUCAAGGUGAAGCCUUUCCAAGGACGUGUCCGCGCCCAGAGCCCCCCCGAAACCGCUGAUGACGACGCGGACAAUGCCUCUGCUGCCUCUGCCUCGGCCUCGGAGAAUAUUGCCCCUUCAAAUACCGACGGCUGGUCCCAAUUUGGCUCCCUAUGGAUCAAGGACAGCUCGUCGCCCAGACCAGUGAGCAACAUCAUCCGCCACGUCGUCCCGCGCAACGAGUGGCAAACCAGGCCCGAGCAGAGCCGUUGGGGCGUCGGAUCCGACGAUGCACCUCUCAGCUCUCUCAAGGGAAUGACGCUUACCCUGUUGGGCACGACCAUUGAGACGACCUCGUUCGAUGCACCCGAUGUCGACGAACCACCCACCGCCGCUGACCCUUCCGUACCUUUGUAUAACAAGUCAGUACAAGCGUUUUUGCGUUCAGCCAUGCGUGUGAAUCCUGCUGUUCAGGUGGAAUUGCCCACUCGUGAAAAUGCCUUCAUCUACGCUGAUUGGUACUUUAUCACCAUUGCCUCCUUCAUGCCACUGCUGCACAAGCCGACAUUUAUGAAACUUUUGACAAGAGUAUAUGACGACCCCAGUUUCAAACCCACCGUGCCCGAGUUGGUCUUGGUUCACAUGGUGUUUGCCGUCAUACUAUUCCAGUUUGGGGUUCGGAACAGCCAGACUCUGGAGCAGCGCAACAACUUUAAUGACCUUUCAAACAAGCAUUAUCAUUUUGCUCUCAGUAAGAUGUACGACAUCUUUUCCUCUACAGAUUUCGAAGCUCUACAGGGCCUAGUCCUCAUCGCCUCCCACACGAGAGCCUUUCCCAAGCCGGGUUGCGGGUCAAUAGUCGCAAACAUGGCUUUGCACCGGGCGCUAGAAUUGAAUUAUCACCGUAGGACCAAGAAGCCUGGUGAGCCGACAGAUUUGCACAACGAAAUGCGCAAACGAGCCUGGUGGAACAUGAUGACGGUUGUCGUUGACGUCAACGGCAAGCGAGGCUACCCACUCCCGAUAUCCGUGCAAGACUUCGAUGUUGACUUCCCGGAGCCGAUUGCUGACGAGCUAUUGUCUGACGAGGGUGUCGACACAUCGCGGGCCCUUCCUUGUCCCUAUGAAGUUGCAAUUGCUGCGUUUAAAUGUAUCCCCAUCUACAUGGAGAUGUACGCGAACAUAUUCAGUGUGCGGAGGGAUGAAAGCAACUACAGGAAUGUCCUUGCUGUCCUCGAAGCUCAGAUGAGACAGUGGGAGGCCGACCUGCCAGAAACCAUGCGACUGAGCCCGUCCAAAAAACACGACCACGACAUGGUUGGCCCUCUCUUUGCGCGGACCUACAUGUUGGAAUUUCGCCUGCACAUCAGACAUCCAUCAUUGGCAAUGACGACUGAUGUGGCCUUGAUUACUGAAAAUACCAGAAUCUGCGAGGAGGCCGCCAGGGAAUAUCUGCAGACUGUCGAGCACCUGAGUAGGAUGAAGGCCUUGGAUACGACAUGGCAUCAAAUGUCCCUGUACUGUGUUGCCAUCUUGUCCAUGUUGGUGCCUCAGUGGGAACGACGGUUUGAAACCACACGGGACGAAGUAGCCAGGUUGAGGGAUGAAAUGCAAAGGUGGAUGAACAUAGUAGGAGAAAUGAGCGCCCUGCUCGGCUGCGGUACUGGUAUGAGUACUCAGAUUGCACAGCUGAUAGACCGCACCAUGGCUUGGAUAGAACAGGAUAUGCCGCAAAAGGACAUUGAAAGUGCGACUCUGGCCCACGUCGAGGCAAAGCAGGAACAGCAGCUGCCCUUUCACGGCACAGUGCCGUUGACACCACAAGAGCAGCGGCAACAACAUGGCCAUGCCGUUCCAUUCGGGACUUUGGCCACUCAGAACCAACCUCUCCCGUCGGACGGCUCUUCCCAGCCGGAAGAGAUGGGGAAAAACUUCUACCAAGCACAGAUGUCCCCCACGGCGCAAGCGACGUAUCCAAGCCUAGCCUACAUGGAUCAACAGACACAACCAAACGCCCAGGCCACGGCGCCAUACCAGCCCAAUCACACAGGCCUAUUCUAUCCCAAUACAAGCGCGGCCGCUGGACACUCGGGUGACCCUGCUCAGCCCGAACCCCUCGUGGGCUACGCUUCCGAGUCAGGAGAGCAUCUUUGCCACCAAAAUGCCGACAUGAUGUGGAGAUCUUCGUGGCAGAAUUGGUCUGCCGCGAUUGCAGAAAGUCAACAACGAUACGGCGCCGAUGCCUUAAUGACUCUGGGCGACACAGCAGACACUGGCAGGAACUCGGUCAUGACGCCCGUCAUGCCAGGCAACGAAAUGCCUCACACUGGCGGUGAACUGCCCAUGGUCCCACAACCAUCGUCAUGGCCGUUGAUCAUGUUUGAUCAGACGCCUCGGGAUUAG